AUGUUACGGUUCUUGAUUUUGUUUUUAAUAUGUUUUUCUUAUGGAAAAACACAACAAAAUUUUGAUGUUAUCGGUUGUGGUGGUUUUAUUAAAUCCGAGACUGAUAUUAAUUAUAAAGUUGUUCGAAUACAAUUAAUUACAAAAGAUGGCAUUCCAAUUUAUACAACAGAAGCUGCUCCAGUUAAUGGAUAUUAUAUGAUUCCUGUGUAUGAACGUGGUGAAUAUAUUCUUAAACUUUUACCACCAUCCGGUUGGAGUUUUGAUCCAUCACAAAUUGAAUUAAAUAUUGAUGGAGAAACAGAUCCAUGUACACUAAAUCAUGAUCUUAAUUUUGCUUUCAGAGGAUUUGGAUUAGCUGGACGUGUAAUAAGUGCAGGUAAUAUUGGUGGUGGUGGCGGUGGGCCAGCUGGUGUGACUUUAACAUUAUAUCAAGAUAAUAAGAAAUUAAAUGAAACAAAAUCGAAAGUCGAUGGAACAUUUGAAUUCUUCGAUGUUUUACCUGGUCAAUAUACGGUCAAAGGAAGUCACGAUCAUUGGAAAUUUAUAACAUCAACAUCAGAUGUUCAAUUAUCAAAAGAACGUUGGGAAAUUGAACAACCAAUUGUUGUUCGUGGUUAUACAAUUAAAGGAAAUAUUAUUCAUCAAUCAUCACCAUUGAUUUCUAUUGAUGUAUUACUUUUUCGUACUUCAUCAGAUAAUAAUCUUCCAACGCCAACAUGUUCAAAUGAUGGGCCAUUGACUACCAAUGAACUUGCUCUUUUACCACCAACAGUUAAUGCACAAAAUUUCGUUUGUCGAACACGUACAAAUGCAAAAGGAGAAUAUAUAUUUGAUGAUGUACCGGUUGGCCUUUAUAUUGUAUUACCAAUAUAUUCGACACCAACAUUGGAAGUUGUUUUUAUACCAGAUCAAAAAGCUAUAACAAUUACACAUAAAGAUUUUCUUGUUCAAACUCCAUUUGAAACAGGAACAAUAUCAUUUCAUGGUCGUGUUGUUAAAUCAACUAAAGCAGAUAAACUAAUUCCGUUACCAAAUGCUCAAAUAUAUAUUGAUGGCAAAGCUUGUUGUCAAACUGAUGCAAAUGGUUUAUUUAAAUUAAAACAUAUUCGUCCAACAGGUUCAAUUAAAAUAAGAAGUGAAUUAGAUGGAUAUAAAUUUAAAGAAUUAACACAUACAGUUAAUCUUAAUCGUUUAAUUGGUAUUGGUGAUAGUUCAACAUCACUUACUCUUUCACCAGAAAAAGUUCGUGUAACUGGUCGUGUACAAUGUUCAUCAACACGAAAACAAACAAUUCGAUAUACUGAUUCAGAGAAAAAGAUAGUUGAAAAAUUUGAAGUUGAACCAAAUACAGAAUAUACAAUUUAUGUUAAUCCAGGCGUUUAUAUAUUUUCUCCUGAAUUAUCUGAUGCUGAAAUUCGUUCAGGAGUACAUUUAACGCCAGAAGAAAUUGAUGUUGAUGUUUCACAUGGUUCACCAAUUGAUCAAAUAAAUUUUUCUCAACUUAAAGCUAAACUUAAUGGAAUUAUUCAUUGUAUUGAUGAUUGUCAAAAUGAUUUACCUAAAUUAGAAUUAACAUCACGUUCUGGUGUUAUUCAUAAAAUUGAUUAUAUUCAAAAUCCAAGUAAAACAAAUGAAAUUCAUUUUGAACAAGAUAAUCUUUUACCAGGAAAAUAUUCAGUUUCAUUAAUAAAAUCAAAACAAAAUGAUAAAUAUUGUUGGAAAGAAUCUCAACUUGAAGUUGAUUUAUCAAAUUCAAAUAAGACAAUUAAAUUCGAACAAAUUGGUUUUAAACUUCGUAUUCAUCUUCAAACAUCAAAUAAAGUUCUUUUAAAAAUUAAUCAAAUAAAAGAAAAUACUUUUACUAAUUCAAUGGAUUUAAUAUCAGGAUUAAAUGAAAUAUGUUUACCUAAUCACGGUUCAUAUGAAUUAAUUCCAUCGAGCUGUAUGAAAUUUGAAAAUGAAAAAUAUUUUUAUGAUACAUCAAAAUCUUCAUCAUUAACACCAAUUGAAUUAAUUCCAAUUAAAUAUCAAGUAUUUGUUCAUAUUCAAACAGAAAAUGAUGAUCAAAGUACAGAAAAAUUUCCAGUUUUAAUAAGAAAUUUAAAACAAAAUGAUGAAUUUACAGUUGAUUUACAAAAAGAUAAAACAAAAUGGACAGGCUCAUUUUGGGCAAAACAUGGUGAACAAUAUGGAAUCUUUCCACGAUCUGAAAUAUGGUUAUUUGAACCUGAACAAAACACAAUAACUAUUUCUUCUGAUAAUUGUCAAUCUAAUCAAGUUAAAUUUGUUGCUCGACGUGGUCUUUUCAUAAAUGGUUCAACAUAUCCACCUGUUGUUGAUGCAAAUGUUUCAUUAUAUAUUGCAUCGACUGAUAAUCAAGAUGAAAAAUCAAUUGAUAUUGAUGGUCAAUCAAUGAAUCUUCUUUUAUCAUCUUGGACAAAAUCUGAUGGAACUUAUACAUUUGGUCCAUUAUCAAAUACUCGUUCAUAUCAUGUUGUUAUUAAAAAAGCAGGCCAUGUAUUUACUCGUAAAUCUGCAUCAUCAUUAUAUGAUUUUAAUUCAGAAAAAUUAGCUUCAAUUCUUGUACAAAUCAAAGAUAUUGAUGGUGUUUUUCUUUUAUUAUCAUCACAAACAAAUAAUAUGCGUCGACGUACAGCAACAACUGAUAGUACUGGCGAAGUUUUAUUUGAAGAUUUACAACCUGGAACAUAUUAUAUCCGUCCACAAUUACGUGAAUAUAAAUUUCAACCUGAAGAUGCUCAAAUUGAAUUAAAAUCUGGUGAUGAAGUUAUAACUAAAUUUCAAUUUGAACGAAUUGCAUUUAGUUGUUAUGGACAAAUAACAUCAUUAAAUAAUGAACCAGAAUCAGGUUUAAUUAUUGAUGCUAUUGGUAUUGAACAAUGUGAAAGUGUUACAAGAGAGUCAGCUAAAACUGAUAUCAAUGGACAAUUUCGUUUACGUGCACUUCAACCUGGUUGUCGUUAUCGUCUUCAAUAUCGUUCAAAUCCAACUGAAUCAACACAAACAGAUAUUAUACAAAUUGAACCAAAAAAUAAAAUUAUUGAAGUUAUUGAUUCAGAUUUAUAUCAUAUUCAUUUAUAUACAAUUAAACGACCAUCAGAUGCUGAUAUUAAUGUUUUUAUACAAACACAAACACAAUUUCUUAAUCAACUUAAAGUUAAGUUAUAUAAAACAUCACAACGUGAAAGUCCUAUACAAACAGUCACAUUAACAAAUUCACCAUUUGCAUAUUUUAAUUCAAUACCACUUGAUAAUGAAAAUUAUAUUCUCCGUGUUGAUUCACCAUUAUCAACAAGUGUUUAUAAUUAUAUUCAACCUGAAAUAUCUUUUACAGCGAAUCAAACAUUUUUAUUUUUUACAUUUAAUUAUCAACCACGUUUGAAAAUUUAUGACGGUGAAACAGGUCUUACCGGUUCUUAUUCCGCAUUUAUCAUUGCUUUACUUAUUAUUGCAUUGAUAUUUAAAUAUGAAACAAUACUUCCAUUUGCAAAAUCAUCUUAUGGAUAUGUUCGUGAAAUUUUCUUACCUAGUUUAAUUAAAAAAUCAUCAUCGGCUUUGUCAUCUUCACAAACAAAUGAUCAAAAUGUUAAAACAUCUUCAUCAUUUAAUACAAUCAAUACAAAAACAUCAACAACAAAUCUAAAUAAUGAUAAUAUUGGUUUAACGAGCGAUUCAAAACGACGUGCAAGAGUUGCUGAUUAG